AUGGAGCCUAGCCCUGCUAUAAUACGCUAUUUGUGCUAUAAAUUUCAGGCAAUUCGCGCGUUAAACAAUUUAUCAUCAAUUUGUUCUGAGGCCCGCAAAGGACUUGAUAAUUCUAUGCAAGAAUUUUUGGAAGAUUCGAAAAACUUCAAAAAUCCUAGAAUAAAACGUGAAACAGCUAGAUUAAUUGUUACUAUAGCGGAGACGGAACACAUUCUUAAAUAUCCUGGUGCUGUAUUGAGGACCAUACGCAAUUUACUAGCAGCAUCGGAUAAAGAAACAAAAAUAGAUGCAAUCCGUGCAAUAUCACUAAUGAUUCAAGGAAGCCAUCAGCAGGCUGAACUUACUGUCGAAGUUAUUGCAGAUUCCCCUCUCACCAAUUUAAUAUGGUAA